CAAGGUGUUGACGUCAUAAUACGCAUGAACUUUGCACAGGGUUCAAACAAUCAGGGAUUCCGCAACACCAACAAUCGACGCUUCUACGCGCGAUUGUGUAAUUAUGACGUCAUAGAGGAUUGCGGCGUGCAACAAUACUGAUUGUUAAAUAGGCGACGAUUGGUUUGUUGGUUAGUUUGCUUGUGUAGUAGCAGGGGUAGGUAAGUAGGUACAUACACAUACCUAGUGUUGUUUAAUAUAGUUAGUACAUUAUAAGCGGUUGGUUUGGUUUGUAAUAACAGAGAAUAUAUUCAUAUUUUAACAUACGACACUUCUACUGAUGGCGGAAUGAACCUAAACGUCGGCGGGAGAAAGUUUAUUUUGAAACCAAAACAACUUGACCGACUUCCACGCAGCAGACUCGCAAAGCUUUAUAAAACCAAAUCCCGAACUCCGGCGAGCUUGGCGCUUCUUUGCGAUGACGUCAGAUUUUAUGACGUAAAAAAUAAUGAUGUCAAAGACAGUGACGUAGGCACCGAAUACUUUUUCGACCGAGAUCCGGAGUCGUUUCUUUAUAUUAUGGCGGCUUACAGAGGAGCUUCCAUCCAUGCCCCGAAAUCUGUAUGCGCGAUGCGGUUGAGCGAGGAGAUGAAAUAUUGGGAAAUUGACUUAUGUUUGCUCGAUGCUUGUUGUACAGAGAGGUUAGAGACCGCCACAACGCUCACUGGUCUCAACAUGAAGAAUAUAUCGCAGAAGAUGGAGCAGUAUUAUUUAAAGCAGGAAGAAAUCAAAUUUCUACCCAAGAUGACGUCAUGGGAUGACGUCACUUAUAAUUUGCACACGCUUCGACUACGAGCUUGGUCUGUAGUGGAAGAUCCGUCAUCGUCUAUCAUUGCGAAGAUCUGGACUCUGACGUCAGUCGCCUUCAUUAUUAUAUCGCUCGUUUGUUUCGUAACCGGGACAGUCCCUGGGUAUUAUGAAAAAGACGCGCAUGGACAAGAACACGAAAUAGAAUCGUUGGCUACGAUAGAGAAGGUGUGCAUGGUAUGGUUCACCAUCGAAUACAUAACACGGCUCAUAGUUGCUCCAGAGAAGGUUUAUUUUAUCCGGCAGAUCCUGAACGUGAUCGACCUUCUUACAAUUAUUCCGUUCUUCAUCCAACAGUUUAAACCAGAAGCUGCUAAUGGUAUCCAGACAUGGCAGCAUCUAACACAGGUGUUCCGAAUCAUGCGCGUCUUAAGAAUAUUCCGCCUUGGACGUCACUCGAAUGGAUUGAAACUAUUAUGUGUGACAUUAUAUCAGAGCUCCAAUGAGUUAAUCAUGUUGUCCAUAUUCCUUAUGAUUGGAAUCGUGAUGCUGGCAACACUAGUUUUCUCGUUCGAAAGCCACGAUCUUUUCCCCAACCUUGGGGAAGCAUUAUGGUUUGCUGCUGUUACUAUUACUACUGUGGGGUAUGGGGAUAUUGUGCCUGAGACAAUUGCAGGCAAAGUUGUAACCUCCACUUCUUUCCUUGUUGGUGUGAUCGCCAUAGCGAUGCCAAUUCAUCCAAUUAUUUCUAAUUUCUCAAAUUGUUACCGAACACAACGUGAGAUGGAAAAUGCAUUUAAGAGGGCGCUUAAAGUACAGAAAAAAGACCAAGAAAGAGACAAGCAAAGAAAAUCCAAAACUUCCCUCGUCGCAUUGACACCACAGGCUUUAUUAAGUGAAUGUGAUGCCACCACCACGGACACAGAUACUGAUAUGGUCCUUACAAACUUUCAUAAAGCUGAAAGAGAAAGAAGGUACACUUUUGCUGCAAUUGGUGAAAACCGUAGCUUAUCCAGAUGUAAAAGUGGAAAGAGGUUGAGCCUUGCGAGGAAAAAGAGACAAUCAUGUGUCGGGAGUUUGGUGGCAAACUCUGUGUUUUCCGUGUCCGCUGGGUUGGAUUUAUCUGACCAUGAUAAAAAGGAGGAUGUUUGUUACUGUAUAUUCUGUACAGAUGCGGAUGAUGAAUGAAUAUGUGUGUUAUUGAAUUAAUGGAUGGAUCUUAUUUAUCCUCACGUGGCAGGGUAACCAGAGUCAUUAUUACACGGGUGUUCUGUUUCAUACACCUCAUGUCCGCUCACAAGUUACCACGUAUGUAACUUAUUUAUCCUUGCAUGGCUGGGCAAGGAUAGUCGUUAUGACACGGGUGUUCUGUUUCAUACGAAUCGUGCACACUUAUGAAUUACCCCGUAUGUGACUUUGUAAAGGAUUUUUUGGGUGUAAGGUGUAUGGAUGCAUUAUGUGUGUCUGAUGUAUAAGACACCCAUGUUAUAACUCAACAGUGAGCAUUAGGUGUAUUUGCUGUUCGAUACAAACCUCAUAUAAACUGCCAUUUUUAAAUCAGAGUCGUAGAGAAAGGUAUUUCUAUUGCUCUGUUUCAAAUCUCCGCGUUUGUGUCGAAAGCGCCAGUAUUUUUGUCGAAACCACCGAACAUGUGCGCUCAAAUAAAAUAUAUACAAAGUU